AUGUGCGCCGACCUAAUAUCCCACCACGUGCGCACACCUCAUAUCCCACCACGUGUGCCCACCUCAUUUCCCACCUUGUGUGCCUACCUCAUAUCCCACCACGUGUGCCCACUUCAAAUGCCACCUUGUGUGCCCACCUCAUAUCCCACAAUGUUUGCCCACCUCGUGUGCCCACCUUAUAUCCCACCACGUGUGCCCACUUUAUAUCCCACCUUGUUUACCCAUAUUAUAUCCUACCUCGUUUGCCCACCUCAUAUCCCACCACGUGUGCCCACCUCAUAUCACACCUUGUGUGCCCACCUCAUAUCCCACCACGUGUGCCCACCUCAUAUCACACCUCAUGUGGCCACCUCAUAUCCCACUUCAUGUGCCCAACUCAUAUACCACCUCGUGUGCCCACCUCAUAUCCAACCAUGUGUGCCCAUCUCAUAUCCAACCUCAUAUGCCCACUUCAUAUGCCCACCUUAUGUGCCCACCUUAUAUCCCAACACGUGUGCCCUUUUCAUAUCCCACCUCAUGUGCCCACCUCAAAUCCCACCAAAUGUGCCCACCUUAUAUCUCACCUUGUGUGCCCACCUAAUAUCCAACCUUGUGUGCCCACCUUAUAUUCCACCUCAUGUGCGCACUUCAUAUGCCACCUUGUGUGCCCACUUCAUAUCCCACCACGUUUGCCCACCUCAUAACCCACCUUGUGUGCCCACCUUAUAUCCCACCACGUGUGCCCACUUUAUAUCCCACCUUGUUUGCCCACCUUAUAUCCUACAUCGUGUGCCCACCUCAUAUCCCACCAUGUGGGCCCACCUCAUAUCCCACCUUGUGUGCCCACCUCAUAUCACACCUUGUGUGCCCACCUCAUAUCCCACCUCGUGUGCCCAACUCAUAUCCCACUUCGUGUGCCCACCUCAUAUCCAACCAUGUGUGCCCAUCUCAUAUCCAACUUCAUAUGCCCAACUCAUAUCCCAACUUGUGUGCCCACCUUAUAUCCCAACACGUGUGCCCUUUUCAUAUUCCACCUCCUGUGCCCACCUCAGAUCCCACCACGUGUGCCCACCUUAUAUCCCACCUCAUGUGCCCACCUUAUAUCCCACCUCGUGUGCCUACAUUACAUCCCACCUUGUGUGCUCACCUCAUAUCCCACCUUGUGUGCCCACCUCAUAUCCCACCUUGUGUGCCCACCUCAUAUCCCACCAUGUGUGCCCACCUUAUAUGCCACCUUGUGUGUCCACUUCAUAUCCCACCUUGUUUGCUCACCUUAUAUCCCACCUUGUUUGCCCUCCUUAUAUCCUACCUCGUGUGCCCACCUCAUAUCCCACCACGUGUGCCCACCUCAUGUGCCCACCUCAUAUUAAACCCCAUAUGCCCACCUCAUAUCCCACCUUGUGUGCUCUCCUUAUAUCCCAACACGUGUGCCCUUUUCAUAUCCCACCUCAUGUGCCCACCUCAGAUCCCACCACAUGUGCCCACCUUAUAUCCCACCUUGUGUGCCCACCUCAUAUCCCACCUCAUGUGCCCACCUCAGAUCCCACCACAUGUGCCCACCUUAUAUCCCACCUUGUGUGCCCACCUCAUAUCCCACCAUGUGUGCCCACCUUAUAUUCCACUUCAUAUCCCUCCUCGUGUGCCCACCUCAUAUCUCACCACGUGUGCCCACCUCAUGUCCCACCUUGUUUGCCCACCUUAUUUCCCACCUUGUGUGAUCACCUCAUAUCCCACCACGUGUGCCCACCUCAUAUUCCACCUCCAGAUGGUUCUUUGUCUGUAUAA